AUGGAUCUUACGCGCAGUCAAUGGCUUCAUUCGGUUACGAAAAAGUAUCAAAAUCCCGAUAGAACAUAUAAAGAUGUCGACGAUACUCUAAGCAUUUUUUCGCCGUCGUUGAGCUUAAAGACAGAUGCAUACACCUAUAACGAUGGUUCAUCGAAGAUCUUGUUGUGUAUACAUGGCACCAUUCCUAUUUCAUAUCGAUCGAUAAAUUAUAACAUCCCUGUGGCUUUCUGGAUUCCUUCGGAUUAUCCGUCAAGUCCACCUAUGGUGUUUGUGGUUCCCACAAAGAACAUGCGUGUCAGGCCUGGCCCACACGUAGAUUAUAGCGGAAAGUGUAGCCUUCCAUAUCUGCAUUUUUGGAGAGCCGAGACCUCAAACAUAAUCGAACUUUGUAAAAUACUACAAACCUUAUUUAGCAGCAACCCACCACUAUACACGUUGCCAAACGUAAGCCCUAACCCGACACCGCAUCCAUCAGAUCGGCCACUACAGCCUGGACCUCCACAAACGACCGGUGCUAUACCGUCUCCUGUAUUGCAGGCGUAUCGACCGAAUUCGCCGACGCCGCCGCCUUUGCCUCCACCACCGUAUCAACUUGGACAAGUGGGGUCGGAUUCGAAUAGACCCCAUCAACUUGGACAAGUAGUGACGGAUCCAAAUAGACCCCGAAGUCAGAGUGGGACGUUACCAGCUCCAGCUGGGUCUAAUGUUCGAUAUGGUUCGUCUCUUCCAUCGCAAAGCGUAAUCUCACCACCAUCCUCAUCCUCUCCCUCAUCAACUCAAUCCAACCAAAUAACUCUCGUCGAUGCUCCCCCUCCUUUAAUUGUUCCUCCUCGACCACCACCAGCCCCCAACAACCCCGAACUUGUCAAUCUUCAAGUAAUGGUAUUUGAUAAAGUUGGGCGGCAUUGGUACGAAUACCAUGAUAAAAAUAAUCGAGAGUUUGAUAAAGACAUGGUAUUGAGUAGGAUGCUGCAAGAUAACGAAGCACGCGUUGAGAAUGAGAAACAGCAGUUAAUUGAAGCGUUGAAUGCUCUUAAAGAAAAGACAAAUUUUUUACAGCAGAAAUGCGAGGGAGUUGAUAAAAUUAUAGAACAGGCGAACGCUAGACCUGAAGUUUCUGUUGAUGAUAUAUUAUGUGGGACUACGGUCGUGUUGUUUGAACUUGUUGCAGAAGACAACGCCAUUGAAGACGCAAUCUACUAUCUUGGCCGCGCUUUAAAUUCCGAAAAGAUCGACAUUAAUACAUACAUGAAGAACAUCCGUACACUUGCCAGGGAGCAAUUCACGAGACGAGCGUUAAUUCAGAAAAUCAGAAAGCAAGCAGGUUUAGGUUUAUGA